AUGCGUGCACGAUUCAAGCCUCCUGCAAUGCCGCGAGAGGAUCUGCUCGGGGCUGAUCGGGGAAGUCCGACCAUGUAUGUGAUCAAGCAAACCAGUGAGGAAUGCCGCCUCGAACCUGAGAAGGAGUCAUGCGAGGCGGAAGACGAAACAGGAGUGCCUUGCGCGCUGUGGGAGGGAGGCCAUGAAGCAAGAAACAAACGAGAUGAUUCCAACUCGAGAUGGGCUUUGAUCGCUCGGAACGAAUUCCAUCGACCAACUGGGCCUGCGUUUGUAUCACCAUCUGGAUCUGUAUCAAUCACGAUAGCCUCUCCCGUUGCGUACCGGCUACAAUUCAGAACACGAUCAUGCGACAUCUGGUUCCCACAGAAGCUUGUCAGUGGAAUGGAGGCAGCUUUCGGCUUCAUGAUGAUGUCAAUGCAUACUUGCCCGGCACUGGUCGUGGCACUGGAUGCAUCUUCGCUGUGCCAUCUCGGUCAGGAGUUUGGCGACCCGAGACUCUUCAAAGCAGGCUUGGGCAUGCACACGACUGCGCUUAGCCUUCUCAGAAAGGAACUUGAAAAUAGCGCAGAUCGGUUGAACAGAGCUCAUGUGGGCACUAUCGUCACGCUGCAAAUCACUGAGGCAUUCAGGACCAUGGACUUUGCCGGCGAGGGCUGGCUACAUCAUUCGAAGGGUCUCACUGCGUUGCUUGACAACUUAGACGAUGAUAUGAAGGCAGACCCAAACGCUCCCGGGUGGCCUGAACUUGUUGGUUGCUCUUUCUAUUUGUUCCACUUCUGGUCCGGUAUCGCUGCAAGGAGGCGAAUUAGAUCAUUCGGUCAAAGCGGUGGCACUGCUCUGAUUUCGAUUGCAGAGCAAGUGCCGGAGGCUCUGAAAAAAGCAGACGCAGCCUGCGAGAAGGGGGCUCAAUUGUCAUUGGAAGAAGGACUCCGAGUAAUCAACAUGCUGAGUACGAUCGAACAUGAGCUGGAAAGCUGGACCAAAUUCUGGAAUCCAUGCAUGCGAAGCGGUCCAUUUCACAUUGUCAACUCUACGAAGCUCUUCCACUUCCAACCAGCCAAGGGCAAGCGCUCGAAGAACCCUUUCCCAUUGAGCAUGGAGUUCAGAACUUUCUUUGACGCUCUCGACCACGCUGUCUGCACCGCAAGCUUGCUGGUCGUUAGGGAAGCCAUGAUUGACACCUGCCAAACACUCUUGAAGGGACCACAUGAGAUCUCUUCAAGUUUUGGCAAGCGGAUUGGUGCCCUCAAGGCCGCUGCACAUAGCUGCGCCGACAGCCUAUGCAUGGCAAUACCAUACUUCCUGUUACCUUCUAACGGCCAGUAUGGGCACGUCAUAGCCUCGCAUCCUCUCGUGUGGCACAGAGGUGGUAUGUGCGUUUGCAGAAGGAACACAUCGAAGCUGUGUCGGAAAAGCUGCACUGGUGUGCUCAAGCUGGCAAACGAAUUCGACAACGAGGACUGCGUACCCUGUGAUGAGGAGUCAACGCGAUAG